AUGCCAUCCACCGGCGAUAUCCUUCAGCCCUCCGGCAAACCCCUGCUGUAUAGCAUACCUAAUGAAUUGAUACUCGAGAUCAUAGAGCUACUAUCUCCCUUGGAUGCCUCAAACUUUGCUCUUUCGAGCCAGCACUUAUUUAAAGUGUUCAAUAAAAACAAGGAAUCCAUCUUGAUUACUGUCCUCAAACGUCUGCCUGAGAUCAACAUCCUUCUGUAUGUUUACACCGCUCACAAAGGCGAAUUCAAGAACGAGCCUACGCUCUGUCCCCGUAUAAUCGAGUAUGCCCGCGAAAACUAUACCGUAAAUCUCAUGGAACUCGGCGACGCCUCUCGAGAGUUUCCGAAUCGACGGGACUUUAAGGUCCCGAAGUAUACACUCACGACCCAGCAAGUCGAGCAAAUCUGGAACAUGGCGAAGGUGAUCGACUGGUGGGUUGAGAAAUACCCCAGACUUCAUUGGAGGGACAAUUCAGACGAUCGUCGCUGUCUACGAGAUAGCGAGAUAGCCCGGGUGAGAAAGGCUGUUGCUCGCUGGUGGUUGUACGCGAAAUAUCACCACGGAAACGCCUUUGCCCGAUUCAGCGUUUUACAUCCGAGCACGUGGACUGUUGAUACUCGACUCCACCAUAUUCGACUCAUGCCAACGUCUGAGAUCAGUGAGCUUUGGCAUCUCUGGCGCUUGGUAAGAGAGACAGUGAGCAAAGACCUCUGCUCGUCUCCCGAGAAAGUUUGCCACUGCAAGCAAGGAUAUAGCGUCGAGCUCGUCCCCUGGGGAGCUGGUGAAGGCCGCCGCCACGCGAAAAUUGUUAAGACUUAUAUGAAGCUUGAUCCUGAGCAGCUUCGUUAUUACCUUAGCCAUUACGCGAACUGGAAGAAGUCCGUUACCAUCAGUUCACUAUCCGACCUAGAACCGAACUUUGCUCGUGAUUCCGAGACCCUGUCUAUUUCACUAAGUAGAGUUCUCGGGGAGCGCAAGAUUUAUAGGGGUGUGCAGUCCUGGGCAGACAUGCCGCAAUUUGGAAUUGUGGACGAGGAUCGACCAAGCGAGUUACACGAUACCUCAUGGCUUGACGAUGCAUGGCCGGAUGGACGGGUACCUCCGCUUCCAGCACAUGUUCUCGGUUUCCCAUUCGAUUCACCAUCGAUUGUCCCCCGAGGAGACGAUGGCACAGAGACGUUUUUUCCAUUCUAG